AAGCUAGUCAUGUGACUUCCUGCGUCAUCAGAAGAUGCCGUCUAUCAUGGCGGCUCCCAGCUGCAGGUAUCGUUCACGGUGAGGUUGUUCGUGGUUCGGUGACGCAGGAUGAGGUGAAGAGCUCACCUGUCUGAGCUAUGAGUGUGAUGUCAUCAGUGAUGCGGGCUGCGCGGCUGCUCCGGAGCUCCGCCCCCCUGCUCACCUGGCCUCAGAGCAGAGGACUGGCCUCCAAGCAGGUCAAAGGUCAGAGGAAGGAGCAGAAGAAGCUCAAAGUGGACAAACAGGAAGUGGAGAUCAGACAGGGCAUGACGGCGGCGGCGCUGGCGGCGGCCAUGAACAGAGACUUUGACCACGUUCUGGAGGCGCUGCUCAACACGCCGGCGGACCUGGACUCGCUCCGGCCCGACUCGGUUCUGGAGGACAGCUGGAUCAAGGAGGCGGUGAUCCGGUCCGGGAUGAAGUUCAGAUGGGCCAAGCUGAGCGAGAGCCGAGAGCGGCCCAACAGAGACGCCCAGAGGAGGCCCCCCGCUGACCCCGCGCUCCUGGCCAGUCGCCCCCCGGUGGUCACCAUCAUGGGUCAUGUGGAUCACGGGAAGACGACGCUGCUGGACAGCCUGAGGAAGAGCCAGCUGGUCGCCACGGAGGCCGGCGGCAUCACGCAGCACAUCGGAGCCUUCCUGGUCCAGCUGCCCACUGGGGAGCGGAUCACCUUCCUGGACACGCCGGGCCACGCCGCCUUCUCCUCCAUGAGGGCCCGCGGCGCCAACGCCACCGACAUCGUGGUGCUGGUGGUGGCGGCCGACGACGGCGUCAUGAACCAGACCGUGGAGUCCAUCCAGCACGCCAAGAACGCCAAAGUCCCCGUCAUCGUGGCGGUGAAUAAGUGUGACAGGCCGCAGGCCGACCCCCAGCGGGUGAAGCGGGAGCUGCUGGCGCACGGCGUCGUCUGCGAGGAGUUCGGCGGCGACGUUCAGGCCAUCAACGUCUCGGCUCUGAAGGGCGACAACCUGCAGGCUCUGGCCGAGGCCACGGUGGCGCUGGCCGAGGUUCUGGAGCUGAAGGCGGACCCGGACGGCCCGGUGGAGGCCGUCGUUAUCGAGAGCCGGACCGACAAAGGCAAAGGCCCCGUGACUACGGCCAUCGUCCAGCGGGGGACGCUGCGGCGCGGCUGCGUUCUGGUGGCCGGCCGCUGCUGGGCCAAGGUCCGCUUCCUGUUCGACGAGAACGGCCGCGCGGUGCCGGAGGCGGCGCCGAGCGCGGCGGUCCAGGUGGUCGGAUGGAAGGAGCUGCCGUCUGCCGGAGAGACGGUGCUGGAGGUGGAGUCAGAGCAGCGGGCCAGAGAGGUGGUGGAGUGGAGGAGCCACCGGGCGGAGCAGCAGAAGCUGCAGGAGGAGCAGAGCGCCAUCCAGCUCAAGCAGCAGCGCCACCUGGAGGAGUACCAGCGGGAGCGCGAGCCGCUGGCCCACCUGAGCUGGCGCCAGAGGAGGGCGGCGCUGUACCGGGCCGACAAGAUCCGCUUCUCUGUGCGGCCCAGCGAGCGGACGGAGAGCGACGAGCUCGGCCUGUCGCUCGUCAUCAAAGGUGACGUGGACGGGUCGGUGGAGACGCUGCUGAACAUCCUGGACGGCUACGACGCUCAGGACGAGUGCCGGCUGGACGUGAUCCACUUCGGUGUCGGCGACAUCUCGGAGAACGACGUCAACAUGGCCGCCGCGUUCGGAGGGUCGGUGUACGGCUUCAACGUGGCGGCGAGCCGUGGCGUGACGCAGCUGGCGGCGCGGAGGGGCGUGGCCCUGCGGCUGCACCGCGUCAUCUACCAGCUGGUGGAGCAGCUGCGCCACGAGUUGAGCAGCAAGCUGCCGCCACAGCGCCGCAGCAGCACCGUGGGUGAGGCGACGGUCCUCGCCGUCUUCGACGUCUCUGUGGGGAAGAAGAAGGUUCUGGUGGCCGGCUGCCGGGUCCAGAAGGGCCAGCUGGACCGACGGCUGAAGUUCAGGCUGAUCCGAGGACGAGACACGGUCUGGGAGGGUUCUGUGUCGGCGCUGAAGCACCAUAAGGACGACGUGGCGACGGCGAAGGCGGGCAUGGACUGCGGCGUGUCGGUGGACGGCGAGGUGGACUUCAGCGCCGGUGAUGUCAUCGAAUGCUUUGAGGAGCAGGAAGUUCCUCGGGUCACUUCCUGGGACCCUGGGUUCUGACCGGACCGGACCCUGAGACUGAGAAACGACUCGGUUCGGUUCUGAAACAUUUUAUUAAUAUUUCAUGAAAACAAAUCUGAUCAUCGAUUCACAUGUUCAAAUAAACGAUUCCAACAUCCAGA